UCGUGACGUCCAUGGUGACGUUAUGAAGGAAGCUAACGGCGCUGUGCUUCCCUCUGCUUAACGUUACACCUACAAAGCUUCGCUCAUGAAAACAGCCCGCUUGUGAAAUUCGCUGAAUGUGCUGUGCUACGUUUUGCACAAUAAGAGCAGAGAAGUGAAGAAGGGGAGCUGUGGAGAGCGGCAGGUUCUUGUAAACAUGCCGUCGCCUGUUAGAGUUAUCGUGGUUGGGGCUGGGAGCCGCGGAGAAACAUACUCCGAUUAUGCCUCCAUCCAUCCUGAACGUAUGCAAGUUGUAGGAAUUGCCGACCCAAGAAGUUUUGCACGAAGCAAGCUCCAGAAACGGCAUAAAGUUGCUGAUGAAAACACAUUUGAUGACUGGAGCUGUGUAGCAGAGCGGGAGAAGUUUGCAGAUGCCGUUUUUAUCUGCACUCCUGAUCGCCUUCAUAAGGAUCCCACAGUGGCUUUGGCAAGAAAGGGAUAUCAUAUACUGCUGGAGAAACCAAUGGCAGUGACUCUAGAGGACUGCAGAGAGAUUGCAGAAGCUUGCAUUCAAAGUGGUGUAAUUCUAACAGUGUGCCACGUUCUCCGUUAUGACCCUGUCAUCAGCAAAAUAAAAACGCUCAUUGACUGUGGGGUUGUUGGAGAUGUGAUCCAUAUUCAGCACUUUUCACUGGUGGGGUUUUAUCACUUUGCUCACUCUUUUGUCAGAGGGAACUGGAGAAAUGAGGCUGAAAGCUCGUUUGCUCUUUUAGCCAAAUCCUGUCAUGACCUGGACCUCAUUCAUCACUGGGCAGGAGGACGCAGGUGUAUAAAAGUUUCAUCUUUUGGAUCCCUCAGCCAUUUCAGGAAAGAAAACAAGCCUCGAGGUGCAGCAAAUCGGUGCUUAGACUGCUCUGUAGAGAGUAACUGCCCAUAUUCUGCAAAGAAAAUCUACCUGGACAGAGUUAAAGAGGGCUGGGUGAGAUGGCCAGUGUCAGUGAUCUGCUCCAAUUCGGUUCCUGAUAUUGAGUCAGUAACUGAGGCCUUAAAAACAGGGCCCUACGGUCGCUGUGUCUACGAAUGUGACAACGAUGUGUGCUCAAAUCAGGUUGUUAACAUGGAGUUUGAGGGAGGUCUGACUGCUUCUUUUACCAUGGUGGCAUUUACAGAAGAGAUAGGUGAACGUAAAACAAGCAUCUGUGGCAGCAGAGGGGAGCUGUCCUACAAUGGAAAAGAAAUCAAUGUAUUCGACUUCCUCACUCAGACGUCCACAAAGCAUACAGUGCAUAAGAACGUACCUGGGGCCUUUUAUUUAGGCCCUCACGGGGUUGCGGAUUAUCACCUUGUUGACGCCUUCAUUUCAGCUGUUGCAAGUGAAGAUCCACUGCUGAUCCAGUUGGGUCCGAAGGAGACGUUGGCGAGUCACAGACUAGUGUUUGAGGCUGAACGUGCACGUCUAGAGAACAGGGUUGUGUUCUGUGAAACUGAUCAUGACUAGGAGAUCGAAAUUAAAGGCAAAAAAAUGUUUUUUUUAAAUAAAUACAUAAUAACAAUAGAACUGGGUGAUAUGGCAAAAAUUGUAAUCUUAUAAUACGUAAAAAAUGUCCACGAUGCACAGUAUGCAUCAUGAUUUUUAAUUUUUCUGUGGUAUGAUUAGCUGUAAUGGACACAGUACUGGACACAGUAUGUUUCACAUACUGCACUACACUGAAUCUACUUAAAUUAUGCUCUGUUUGUAGUGAAACACAGAGUUGGCCAGUGUUCUUUAAGUACUGAUGAUACAAAUUAUAUUUUAGAAAAGCAUAUGUUGACAUAAUAAUGAUGUAAUUUAUAACACUAAACAAUUAAUAUUGUGUACCCCUAAAAUAGAGGACAUAUUCUCACAGUUGGGUGGGCUUUUAUGAAGUAUUAAUAAUAAUUAAUAAAGGGGGGCUAAAACAGUCGCUGGUGAAACUGAUUUUCUGCAGUGUGACAAGUUACUGUGAUUUCCAUAUGUGUGUGUGU